CUUUCAGUGGUGCCUGCCUAGUUCUGGGCCUUGCGCAUGCGCGCUGGUGUCCGUGUCUUCGUGCCAGGAGCGAAAUGGCGGGAAAGCCUCCUUCGAGCAGCAGCGGCGGCGGGUGAGAGGCCUAGGAAGCCGGGAAGGAAGGCAGGGAGGGAGGCCGGCCUCUGGGCCUUUCUCUCACGCUUCUCUCUCCUCAGGAAAGCCCUCCAGGAGCCCGAGGCAACGCCCAAGCAGAAAGGGGGAGGAGCCAUGCCUGACGCUGAGCCCGGGGCCAGGCCCAAGAAAAGAGGGGGGAGAGUGGUGCCGUCCAGAUACAUGGACUAUAAGAAGAAAACCAUGGGGAAGUCUGCCUCAGAUACCAGCUUGUCCUUGCUCAAAGGUGGGGAACACGUUGCCUCUCCCAAAAAACCAUCCGUUCAGUGUCAGAAACGUAAAACUUCAGCAGAAAGGACGUGUGUCUUGCAGUCCACAAUGCUGGACAGCUAUGGGAGCGGCCGGCCUGACCUGGAGUUCUCGGCCAUUAAAGAUAAAACCUGCCGCAGGACAACAAUUUCAAAGGUCGGCAUAAAAGGCUCUAGAGAGACAAAGCAAACUUUGUCACCUGCCAAUACUGAAGAUCUGAUUGAGAUGCUGGAUUCGCAGUCAUUGCUGUUAACGUAUGCCUCCAUCAAGAUGGAGAAAAACCUUGCCCGCCUGGAAGGGGAAGCUGAAAGAAACCUGCUCACUCUGUCCAAGGAAGCUGAAAGGCUCCAUAUAGAAGCUCAGAGAAAGAAGCGCUUGCUGGAGCGUCUAAAACAGGAGAGCAAGCUAAGUGAAGCUGUGGACAGACAGCUCGAAGCCCUUGACCCUAUAGCUGAGCAGUGUGUCCACUUCCGAGAGCAAUACAAGCACUUUGCCACAGCCCUGGAGUCAACAAGGCAUGAGCUGCCUGUGAAGGAGAUCUACACGGGAAAGGACAAAGGCCAGUACCUUGCUGACUUGGAGAAAGAACUGGCUGCCACACAGGAAGCGCUGAAUGAAGCCAUGCAAGAGCAGAGUGCCAGUAAUGCCAAAGCGCUAAGCAUGGUGAAAGAGUUGGAAGAGGCUUCCUUGGAAGUGGAUGCACAGCUGCCAAGGACUUUUGCAGAUGUGCUGGACCUCUCUGCAGAUGUGAGCAAGGAGGCCUCGCUGCACCAUCAAAAAAUGGGGGAGGACUUGGUGGAUCCGGAGUCCAUGAAGCAGCUGUACUUUAGUUAGGCCCUGCUUGAAAGCGGCUUUUCCUUGGUUGUAGGAGAAGAAAGCAGGCUUUGAGUUGAUGAUUCCCACGAACGAAGGGCUGUCCCUCCUGUUCCUUCGGCCAGCAUACAGCAUUCAGACAGAAGCUGCCAUCGUCCUCUGGGUCAAGUCACAACGUCACAUGCCAUGGCUGGAAAGACUUCAGAAGAGGGCACUGAAGAACCGGGGGCAGCUUGGCACCAGGCACUGAGAGAUGGAGAGACACAAAAGGAGCACAUGGCACUUCAGGUUUUCCUGCCAUCAUUUUUGUAUUAAAACACUUUUCUGCAUGAUCAA